AUGGCCUCUAUUUACCCUUUCACCAAAGAAGAACUAGAUAAAGUACACCCCGAUUCUUUACUUUGCCGAAUGCUAUCAACCAAAGCAACCCUGCCCAUUUCCGAAAAUUCUACGCAGCCGGCCCUGAACGGCACCCAAAUCGGCAAAGGACAAUGCGGUGAAGUGCACAUCAACGAUACGACCAAGGUCAAGAAGACACCCAACCUGCCUGAGAAGAUAGUCGAACUGCGAAGAGACUACCACUGCCACACUGCAGUCGUCGAGGCCUGGAGAGAUGCUCCUAGCAGUCUGGGUCACAAUAUCAGUACCCCUGAGACCAGAGAGAUCGAGUACGACUCAGUCUACAACUAUGAUUUAUUCUCCGAACGCAUUCUCCCUCUUCAAGCGCCUAUACCGGAGAUGCUGUUGCGGUCAGUGUAUCCCAAAUCUACAAAGAUACAGCGAGCAGCUUGUCUGAAUAUGCCCGAGAACAACAACUGUUUGGUGCGCCUAUAUCUUGGCCGUCGUGGAGUGGAUAGAAGCAAGUCAAGCGUGGAAAACAUGACUCUUCGCAACUUUCCCCUUCAUGUCGAUGAGAUGGAACGUCUCAAUCUUCCUGUCCCGAUGUACGUCGAAGCAAUCGCAGAAGCAUUAGCACUUAUGCACUGGAGCGCCAACAUCGAUGCAAACGAUGUCGAAUUUAUACUCGGAAGCUCUCGACAAGAUCUGUCAUCAAGUCAAGAUCAAGGCCACUCGGCUUCAAUAUGGCUACUGGACUUCAACCAAUGUCGGAAGUUCAAUGAGGAUAAGGCUGGACUGAAGCUAUUGGUCGAUGGCUUCUGGAUGAACGAUCCGUAUUAUCCUCGACCUUCCUCUACAGACAAGAGGGACAAGGUAUUGUGGACGUUGUUCUCGAGCAAAUACUUGGAUGCUAGUGCUCUGUUGAUGGAUGGUAAAAUGCCACGGCAAUUCAUCGAGGGCGUGGAAGAAGAAGGCUAUCGUUGGCGAGAGAGACCUUCAAUAUUCGCAAAUUAG